AUGCCUUACACUGAUGUGAAAUUAAAUUCAAAUCUAAAGAAUGUAAAAUGUCCACUAUGUCAUAAACCUGAAGUGUAUUACAAUGAUUUAGUAUGUUCCAAUUGCAAUAAUAAUGAACUUGAAUUGAUACGAAAUUCAUGUAUUGAAAAUGAUUCGAUUAAUGACGUUGCUAGAGACAAAAUUAAUGGAAUAUUUUCAUCCUGUCAGAACGUUAAGGACUUGAAAGCUAUAGAAAUAUCUCCAAAGCAACCCAAUGAAACACCUCAGCCUUCUAUCAAUGCGAUGAAAAGUUUGGCAUUGCAACUAAUAAAAUUAGACAUAUUGAAUACGAAUUUGAAGAUAAAAAAUAUAGAUAAAACGCAGGAAUUAUUAGAUUCAAGAAUAAGUGAACUAACUGAUACCAUACUGACACUUCAAAAUAAGCUUGAGACAAAGCAGGAAAAAUUGGAAUCAAAUUGUUCAAAAUUAUUUAAGAAUUUUGAGGAAACAGACGACGGCCUAAAAUCAAAAAUACAAGAAUAUAAAUUCGAAAAGAUUAACCAGAUCAAGAAACAAUCUAUUCAGCUUCAAUAUAACAAUUAUAAAGUAUUGAAAGAGAUGGUAUUUACUACAAAUAAUUCAAAAUCAGCAAAUUUUAAUUAUAUUACUAAGCUUAAAGCAAGUAGUGCAAGUAAUUUACUAUUUCAUAACAGAUCUAUUUUAAAUAUUAACGAAUUUUUCAGUUUUAAUAAUAAGUUACCUCAAAUCAACGAGUUUUUAGAGAAUUUGAUUAAAUUACAAGUCCAUUUACAAGUCAUAUUUAACAUAGACACCUUGAGAUUACCGUAUUUAGAAGAAUUAAUUGGAUAUUUACCGGACUCCAAGUUUUAUGAUAUGAUACAAGAGAAGGAAAAUUUCAUGAUAAAUGGUGGGAAGCUCAGCUCAGACGAAAUAGAAGAGGUAGAGGAAGAGAAAAACUCAUCGGUUCAAGAAAUGAAUGUUGGUGAAGAAAGAGUUAUCAAGCUCGGUAAUACAAUAAAGUUGCCCUUAUCUUCUAAAACCAUAAAUAGUCAAUUAAGAAGAGCGUCUUUAAAUAAAGACGAAUCUGCUUCUUCUUCCGCUAAGCAAAGAGAAGAUGAAAAGACAACUCAUAAAAAGGCAUCUUCACCAAUAAGAAGUACAUUAAGUGGGAAGAAGAUGAUUAUUUUGCCACAUAAGAUCCUCACUAAACCAUUUACCAAAUUGACUGCGAAAGAAUACUUGAAGUUUUUACUGAUAAUUGUGAAGAUAUUAAUUAAUUUCAAAACAUUUUUUUAUUUCACUAUUGAUUCAAUCCCAAAUUUACACAAGCAGUCUUCGAUGUUAUCCAACACAAUGAAUCAAUUUAGAAAUAAUCUGGAAGAAAAGGACAUUCUGUCCAAUUUUGAAAAAAUAUUAGAAAAAGUUGCUUCAAUGGAUAGGUAUUUUACAUAUAAACUAAACGGGGUACAGAAUUCAAAAUCAUCUGAUGGAAAUUAUGACAUGUCAACCAGUAAUUUACUGUCUUCUAACGCUGGCACAUUUAAAUCGUUCAACACGCAUUUCACUUCGAUGUCGAAUGCUAAUUAUGAUUUGCAUUCUCCUAUUUCAGCUCCAAACUCCACUCAUUCAUUAAAUAGUAGUGCAGUCGUUACACAAACAGAUGGGAAACUAAGGCAGUUCUAUUCGAAACAUUUUAAAAAUAGUAUUCAUAAACCAAGCGAUCAUGAGAUAUAUGGCAACUUCAGCGAAUCAAAAGAUGAACAGCUCGAGUAUAGCAAUGAUGCAGAUGAUGAUCUAAUGAACGAGUCUGAAUUGAAAACUAUUAUGCAAAAUGUCUACAAAUUGAUGGCAACGGGAACUUCACGCCAAAGGAAUUCGAAAAUAAAUAAUAAGUCUAAAAACCUUGAUUUUAAUGCGAUCAAUAUGAUAGCUCAAUCAAAAGUACAAUUGGACGAGUGGGAUGUAGUAAGUAAGAUGUACUGA